AUGGCUGUCGCAGCAGUAUGCCUACUGCCGGCCUUUUGUGCAGACGCGACAACAUUAAUAUCAAUCGAAAAUAACGAUGCGUUUGCCAAGGAUAUCUUGCUCACUGACAUUUCUGCUUUCGAUGUAACAUUAAUUGAACUUUAUAAUAUUGCUAAACAACACUACAAACAAACAUCAUCCCAUCAUUGGGAAAUCAUAGUAAAUGGUAUUGAUGCUAUUAAUAAAUAUCAUGAUAUGACAAAUGGUUUUAUUAGACCUGGUGUAUGUGAUCAAACACAAUAUUUUGAAAAAGUCACAAAAAAAUCACAAAUUAGUUAUUUAGCUACAACUGGUAAUUAUGAUGAAGGAGAUAUUAUAAUGCGUAUACUGAGUGUAAUAAUUAAUUAUCAAAAUAAUUUAUUAAUAACAAUUGAAAAUGAAUAUAAUGAUAAUAUUAAGGAUAAAAUUAUUAUCAAAAAUUUAGUAAAUUAUUUAAAUAAAAAUGAAAUAUCUAUUAUUCAGAUAUCUUUAAAUCGCAAUAAUAUUAUAUCAUUAGAUAAUAAUGAUUAUUUAUGGAUUGAACAAAUAUCAAAAGCAAGUUUAUUAGAUGAAAAUUCAAAUAAAUUUUAUGAUAGUCUUAAUUUAUUAAAACGUAUAAUUACUAUACUCAAAGAUCAAUUGAAUAAUAAUGAUAAUAAUCAAAAUUUCUUUAGUGAAAUGUAUUUGUAUAAAUUUUUAACAAAAUAUUCGCAUGAAAAUGACAUAAAAUUAAUUCAGACAUGUGAAAUAAAAGAUUUUCAAUUAUGUUAUAUUGAUUUUAUUCGUUAUUUAUAUGAAAAACAUAUUAUUGAAGAAUUAAGCAAUUGUUUUCAAGUUGCAUAUAUAAAUGAAGAUUAUCAUACAAUACGAUCACUCAUCCAAACAAUAACAAAUUUUUUAAAUGAAUUAAAAAUAUUAGAAGAAAUAUUUUUACUUCAAUCAACACAAUCAUUAACAGAAAUAUGUAAAAUAAUGGAAAUGAACUAUAUUUUACUACAAUUUAUACCAGAAGAAAUUAAAUGUGAAAAUUAUGGUUAUUUAUCAAUAUGGUUAAUAAAACAACGUUCAAAAUUACAAGAAUUAAUGAUUAAUAUUGAAGAAAAAUUUUAUAAAACAAAUCAAAUUAAUCUUUGGAGUGAAAAAUUUAUUGCUGUUCUAACCAUCUCAGUAGAACAGACACAUCAACCGAAAAAUGCCAUUAAAUGA